GGGAGCGGCGGCUGAGGCGGCGGCGGCCGCAGCAGCGAGCGACGAGGCCGCCCGGCCCGACCCGCCGCCCGCCCGCCCGCCUCGGCGCCGAGAUUGGGCGAAUCGCGAGCAAGUACGUGCGCGUCUCCCUGCCUCCGCCGCCGCCCGCCGUGGGCCGCCCCGGGGCCGCCGCCGCCGACGACGCGCGCGAGGAGGAGGAGGAGGCCGCCCCGCCGCCGCCGCCGCCGCCGCCGCCGCCCCGGCUCGCCGCCGCCGCCCGCCCGCCGGGCCCGCAGCCCCGGCCCCCGGCCGCAGGCGAGGCCCAGGCCGCGGCCGACAUGAACCACCAGCAGCAGCAGCAGCAGCAGCAGCAGAAAGCGGGCGAGCAGCAGCUCAGCGAGCCCGAGGACAUGGAGAUGGAAGCUGGAGAUACAGAUGACCCACCGAGAAUUACCCAAAACCCUGUUAUCAACGGGAAUGUGGCCAUGAGUGACGGGCACAGUAACACAGAGGAGGACAUGGAGGACGACACGAGUUGGCGCUCCGAGGCAACCUUUCAGUUCACUGUCGAGCGCUUCAGCAGACUGAGUGAGUCGGUCCUUAGCCCUCCGUGUUUUGUGCGAAAUCUGCCGUGGAAGAUUAUGGUGAUGCCACGCUUUUAUCCAGACAGACCACACCAAAAAAGCGUAGGAUUCUUUCUCCAGUGCAAUGCUGAAUCUGAUUCCACGUCUUGGUCCUGUCACGCACAGGCGGUGCUGAAGAUCAUCAACUACAGAGACGACGAGAAGUCCUUCAGCCGGCGCAUCAGUCACUUGUUCUUCCACAAAGAGAACGACUGGGGAUUUUCCAAUUUCAUGGCCUGGAGUGAAGUGACUGAUCCUGAGAAAGGAUUUAUUGAUGAUGACAAAGUUACGUUUGAAGUCUUUGUGCAGGCGGACGCCCCCCAUGGAGUUGCGUGGGACUCAAAGAAGCACACGGGCUACGUCGGCUUAAAGAAUCAGGGAGCGACUUGCUACAUGAACAGCCUGCUGCAGACUUUAUUUUUCACAAACCAGCUACGCAAGGCUGUGUACAUGAUGCCAACAGAGGGCGACGAUUCAUCCAAAAGUGUCCCUUUAGCAUUGCAGAGAGUGUUCUACGAGUUACAGCACAGCGAUAAGCCUGUAGGAACAAAGAAGCUGACCAAGUCGUUCGGGUGGGAAACGUUAGAUAGCUUCAUGCAACACGAUGUUCAAGAGCUCUGUCGAGUGUUGCUUGAUAAUGUGGAAAACAAGAUGAAAGGCACGUGUGUAGAAGGCACCAUACCUAAAUUAUUCAGAGGCAAGAUGGUGUCUUACAUCCAGUGUAAAGAGGUAGACUACCGGUCCGAUAGAAGAGAAGAUUAUUAUGACAUCCAGCUAAGCAUAAAAGGGAAGAAAAACAUUUUUGAAUCGUUUGUGGACUAUGUGGCGGUAGAACAGCUGGACGGUGACAAUAAAUACGACGCCGGGGAGCACGGCCUGCAGGAGGCAGAAAAAGGAGUGAAAUUCCUGACAUUGCCACCAGUGUUACAUCUGCAACUGAUGCGAUUUAUGUAUGAUCCUCAGACGGACCAAAACAUCAAGAUCAAUGAUAGGUUUGAAUUUCCUGAACAGUUACCACUUGAUGAAUUUUUGCAAAAAACUGAUCCUAAAGACCCUGCAAAUUACAUUCUUCAUGCUGUCCUGGUUCAUAGUGGAGAUAAUCAUGGUGGACAUUAUGUGGUUUAUCUCAACCCCAAAGGGGAUGGCAAAUGGUGUAAGUUUGACGACGACGUGGUGUCCCGGUGCACGAAGGAGGAAGCCAUCGAGCACAACUACGGGGGCCACGACGACGACCUGUCCGUGCGGCACUGCACCAACGCCUACAUGCUGGUCUACAUCCGCGAGUCCAAGCUCAGUGAGGUUUUACAAGCUGUCACCGACCAGGACAUCCCUCAGCAGUUGGUGGAACGAUUGCAGGAGGAGAAGAGGAUUGAGGCGCAGAAGCGGAAGGAGCGGCAGGAGGCCCAUCUCUACAUGCAAGUGCAGAUCGUCGCAGAGGACCAGUUUUGUGGCCACCAAGGGAAUGAUAUGUAUGACGAAGAAAAAGUGAGAUACACUGUGUUCAAAGUGCUGAAAAACUCCUCGCUUUCGGAGUUUGUCCAGAACCUGUCUCAGACCAUGGGCUUCCCGCAAGAUCAGAUUCGGUUGUGGCCCAUGCAGGCGAGGAGCAACGGCACCAAGCGGCCGGCCAUGCUGGACAACGAGGCCGACGGCAGCAAGACGAUGAUUGAACUCAGUGAUAAUGAAAACCCCUGGACGAUAUUCCUGGAAACAGUUGAUCCGGAGCUAGCUGCUAGUGGAGCCACGCUACCCAAGUUUGAUAAAGAUCAUGAUGUGAUGUUAUUUUUGAAGAUGUACGAUCCCAAAACACGGAGCUUGAAUUACUGUGGGCAUAUCUACACACCAAUAUCCUGUAAAAUACGUGACUUGCUCCCGGUUAUGUGUGACAGAGCAGGAUUUAUCCAGGAUACUAGCCUUAUCCUCUAUGAGGAAGUUAAACCGAAUUUAACAGAGAGAAUUCAGGACUAUGAUGUGUCUCUUGACAAAGCCCUCGAUGAGCUAAUGGAUGGUGACAUUAUAGUGUUUCAGAAGGAUGACCCCGAAAAUGAUAAUAGUGAAUUGCCCACUGCAAAGGAAUACUUCCGGGACCUCUACCACCGUGUCGAUGUGAUUUUCUGUGAUAAAACGAUCCCCAACGAUCCUGGAUUCGUGGUGACACUGUCAAAUAGGAUGAAUUAUUUCCAGGUAGCCAAGACGGUCGCUCAGAGGCUCAACACCGACCCGAUGCUGCUGCAGUUCUUCAAGUCUCAAGGUUACAGGGAUGGCCCAGGUAAUCCUCUUAGACAUAAUUAUGAAGGUACUUUAAGAGAUCUGCUACAGUUCUUCAAGCCUAGACAACCUAAGAAACUGUACUAUCAGCAGCUUAAGAUGAAAAUCACAGACUUUGAGAACAGGCGAAGUUUUAAGUGUAUAUGGUUAAACAGCCAGUUUAGGGAAGAGGAAAUAACACUAUAUCCAGACAAGCACGGGUGUGUCCGGGACCUGUUAGAGGAAUGUAAAAAGGCUGUCGAGCUCGGCGAGAAGGCAUCAGGGAAACUUAGGCUGCUAGAAAUUGUAAGCUACAAAAUUAUUGGUGUGCAUCAAGAAGAUGAACUAUUAGAAUGUUUAUCUCCUGCAACGAGUCGAACGUUUCGAAUAGAGGAAAUACCUUUGGACCAGGUAGACAUCGACAAGGAGAACGAGAUGCUCAUCACGGUGGCUCAUUUCCACAAGGAGGUGUUUGGGACGUUCGGGAUCCCGUUCUUGCUGAGGAUACACCAGGGCGAGCAUUUCAGAGAAGUGAUGAAGCGGAUUCAGAGUCUGCUGGACAUCCAGGAAAAGGAGUUUGAAAAGUUUAAAUUUGCAAUUGUGAUGAUGGGCCGACAUCAGUACAUAAACGAAGAUGAGUAUGAAGUAAACUUGAAAGACUUUGAACCUCAGCCUGGUAACAUGUCUCACCCUCGGCCGUGGCUCGGGCUCGACCACUUCAACAAAGCCCCGAAGAGGAGUCGCUACACAUACCUUGAAAAGGCCAUCAAAAUCCAUAACUGACUUCCUCCCCGGCGGGCGGGCGAGGCGGACCGCGGUGGGUGUGCCCCUCACCAACAGCCGAGAACUCUGGUGCACGAGCACCACCCCACGUCUUCAGCAAGAGGAUUUGCUGCUGGUGUUAAUUUUAUUUUGUUGAGGCUGUUCAGUUUGGCUUCUCUGUAUCUAUUGAUUGCCCUUUUUGAGAAAAAUGAAGGUGUUUUUAUAAAGCUUGGAUGCCAAUGAGAGUUAUUUUACGGUGACCACGAUGCCAGGCGCUGUCAGCGUGUCGGGGAGCGGCCGGCGGGCGCGGCGCUGGGCGGGCGCGGCUGACCCCCUCCCCGGGGCCCAGCCGCCAGCCCGCAGCUAGGAAGUCUUCUGUUAGGCUCGUCUGACGUCUUUCCCUCAGUUAUACUUUCAAUGACCUUUUGUGCAUCUGUAAAGGCGAAACAGAAACUCACAACCUAAUAAAUAGCGCUCUUUCCUUCACUGGUGUCCUGUCGCCCCUUCCUGGGUCUCCCCAGCUGCCUGGGUCUUUCCAAUAAACUCGCCUCCCUUCCGUCAGCCCCCGCGUCCCACAGCCCGUUUGCAGAGCGGAUGCACCGAAUACAGGCUUGACCAGACACUUUGGGGUCUUUUUAUUCAAUUGAAAAAAAAAAAAAAAACAACACUGUUCAAAUCCAAUUAAGGUGUACUAUGCUGCCUCUGGGCAAACCUAAUGAUCUCAAGAGUUCAUUCGAGCAGGUGAAAAAAUUAUAAAUAGACUCGUCUCCUUCAAAUGGGACAGACGGAACCAAGAAAGGAGGGCCUUUUAGCUAAGAGGGUAUGCCCACUGGUGUUUGCAAGCUGUUGACUUUGUAUAAAAAAAAGUAAAAAAAAAAAAAAAAGUUAAAUAAAAAAAAGAGCAAAAAAAAAAAAAAAAGGAAAAAUGAGAUUGUAUAUUUAAUGAAUGGACAUGUACAAUUGACCACGGGGAGGAGGUGGUGGCUUUUGUCGGGUGACUGAGUGGCCCCCGCUGAUGUCGACGUUCAUCGUGUGUGGUUUUCUUUCAGUCCGGCCGUUUCCUUUGGAGCUGACGCCAGCCGCGUGUCUAGUUUUGAGUGCAGUAAAAUAGAGUCAGCAGAUCACACUUAGUUUUCAUCCUUUUCCAGUAUUUUUUUUGUUUGUUUCUGUAGCAGCAGUGUACACCAACUCUUCCUGUAUAUUGCCUUUUUGCUGGAAAAUGUUGUAUGUUGAAUAAAAUUUUCUAUAAAAAUGAUAA